AUGGAUAAGUAUGAAGAUCCAAAAAGAGUAUACACACCAAAGGAUAUAGCAUCAGAUAUGAGGAAACAACAUGGUUUAACAAUGACUUACAUGCAAGCUUAUAGAGCCAAGGAAAAGGCAUUAAACAUGUUGCGAGGGGAUCCAACUGAAUCAUACAAUAAGUUACCCAACUACUUUUACAUCCUGGAAAAGAUAUAUCCGGGGUCAGUUGUUAGUUUGGAAAAACCAGCGGAAGACCGUUUCUUGUAUGCAUUUGUAGCAUUGGAACCUUAUAUUAGGGGAUGGGAGCAUUAUAGGCCUAUAGUAGUUGUUGACGGCACUCAUCUAAUAUCAACUUACGAAGGAACUAUGCUAAUAACAAGCACACUAGAUCCAGGAGCAUAUGCAAUAGUUGAUUCGGAGAAUGCUGCAUCUUGGACAUGGUUCUUUGAGAGAUUUAGGAUAGCUUUUGGUGAAAGGGGAAAUAAAGAACAGGUCAGGAAAUUAUACUUUGCAUUAGCUAAAGCAUACACUCUUCAAGAAUUUAGUGAACUCAUGGGAAGGCUGGACACAAUAGAUAAGAAGUUGGGCGUAUACUUAUUUGAUAGUGGGUAUCAUAAAUGGUCUCGGGUACAUGCAACAGUGAAGAGGACAUGGACGUUGACUUCUAACAUUGCUGAAUCUAUAAACAGCAGUAUUGCCAAAGCUAGAGAAUUUCCAGUCUGUAAGUUAAUGGAUUACAUGAGACAAUUGAUUGAAACUUGGAAUGAAAAACACAGUGAAGAAGGGAGAAAUACAUUCACUGAUCUUACUAAUGAGUACAAUGAAGCUUAUGAGGAUAACAAGGAAUUAUCACACCGCAUGACUGUAAGGGCUUCCACUUAG